CAUGGCCAAGAUGUUAAAAUGAGACCAGACCAGAAGACUGCAGCCAAGGCAGCACUAGUCCACACCUGUCCCGUCUGUCGGACACAGAUGCCGGACCCGAAGACGUUCAAGCAGCACUUUGAGAGCAAGCAUCCCAAAUCCCCAAUGCCCCCAGAGCUGGAUGAUGUUGAGGCUUAAAAGACCAACGCACACAAUGGACCUACAGCUGGACACACGAUGACCACGAUUAGAGUGCUGCAACUGGAACUUAAUGGCGUCAAGAGACAAAAUACUGAGACCCCUGGACAUGUGUGGGGGAUAUUUGUGACAAUGACCUAAAAAGGGGGGCAGAAGCACACCAGCACCCCAUCUUAUAUGUCCAACCAUCCCUGAACUUCAGACUCUUUUGAAGCACCCAUCUUAAUUAUAUGAGCCCACUCUACCUACAUCCCUUUUCCCCAUGCUGCUUCCUUCAUUAAUACCUGAUUCAGUAACAUCUAGACUGUUACACGUCUAAAAGUAUCAGGGUGUUACUGUUUUUGCAACUUUUUCUCAGUUGUGUACCGCUGUCUUGCUUUAACCCACAACUCUUUUCUAUACCUCCUCCCAUACACUCUUGUGCAAAUAAUUUCUGCUUUCUUUGAGAAUGGUGUCAUAGUGGAAAGGAUUUGUUAUUUGUCCAAGACUGAGUCUUGUUCUGCCUGUAAAAGGCCCUGGUUGAAACAGUGCCAAAAUCACUGUGGAUAGUCACCUGGUCCACGUUGUAACAGUUGUAUUUUGCAUUUGACCAUUUCCAAGAAAUGUAGCAAUAUAUAUGAAAUCAUUCCUCUGCCUAUUUGAUCCAUUCUGAAGGAAAGCAGUGGAUAUGUUUUGUGUGUGAGAGAAUAUGUAUGCCUUGUAAUUCUAGCAGAAAAUGUGUUGCUUCCAAAUACAAGUUAAAUGCCAUUCCAUCUAUACUGAUACCAGACAAAUGCAUACUUACAAGUAUUUUCAAAUGUAUUUCCAAUAUACUGGAAUGCUAUGUAGCUGAACAGGGGUUGGAGUUUCUGGAGGUCUGUGUUCACUGGCAUUUCCUCUCACUUCUGCAUCAAAUCAACUUCCACAAUAUAUAUUCUACUUAUUUUAUUACAAAUAUAGUAGUACACAGUCCUCCAUAAAUAUAUUGACAAUGACACAUUCCUGUGUAUUGGAUCCUCUGUACAUAGAAAAUCUGCAAACAAAUAGGAAUGACAUUUGCCAUUGCUACUAACUUGUACUUGUUCAAAGGAUAAUUAAAGAAAUGUAAAAAAAAUGUGUAGUAAUUUGUCACACACUUAUGGUCCAUAUAUUUAGAGUUUUAAUUGAACCAUGUGUAGUACAUCUAAAAGAGACAAUGAGAAAUUCAUGGUUCAACAAGACAACAGCCAUCAAAAGGGUAGAAAUGUAGCGUUGCACAUGUCACAGUACUUUACAGCUUUGAUUGGAUACAUAGAAUAUAUGACAAAGGGUGAUGUAAUUAUCUGAAUUACUGUAGAUUUGAAUAGUUUAAGAGUGAAGUAUGGUUAUAAGUCGAAUGCGAAGAUGUCGUUAUGAAAGAGGUAAUGUGUGUUAUUCAUAUACCAUUCUCAUAGUCAAUAUAUUAUACUGAACAAAAAUAUACACACAUGUAAAGUGUUGGUCCCAUGUUUUAUGAACUGAAAUAAAAGAUCCCAGAAAUGUUCCAUA